UUCUCCGUUCAUAGUUUUUCAUUCUUGCGCUCAACUUGAUUUUUGCGAUUUUCUCACACAAAAACAAGCAUGAAUCCGGCCGAUUAUCACGAUCAGAUCCCGCGUCGCCUACUGGACCAAAUUCUAUACGCGGAAAAGAUCACAAUCCGUCGUGGUGUCGCGCCAGUGUUUGCUUUGAUCACCCAGGACCAUCAGCUGAUCGAGGUGCGCCAGCGGUCUAUCCAAGCAACGAUUGAUUUGGCGGAAUUGCUGACCUCAGCCGGAACGACGACGCUGCCCAGUAUUUUCGGAAGCUACUCACCGGAACCGGACGACGACGGACGGAAGGGUAAAGUGUCACUCACAGUGUUCCGAUCGAACGAUGGCGUUGGGAGGCGGUUGUUUUACCUUGUGGAGAUUGAGCGACACUUGGUGGUUGUGGAGAGGCAAGGUGAACCUUCGGUGAAGUUUGUUCACAAUCAGACGUUCGAGGGAUUCAUUCAGCUAUCGAUUACUGAAAACGAAGAGCGGCCGGGCCACGAGGUGGUCAAGAUAUACCAGGAGCAAUCGGUGGAACCGACGGUAAUGGACUUUCAGUCCUUUCGCGUUGUUCCGAGCGAUUUGAGUGUGAACAAUUUCACAUGCUUUCACGAAAUUUUGAAAAGUCUCAGAGAUCGUUCCGCCGAAAAGUGCGCCGAGUUGGCCAUGAUUCGUGAAACCACGGCGAAACUGUACGCUCGACUUAACCAGCAGCUGAAGCAGGUUCCAGGCCUACUGCGCACGGAAAACCCCGACGAGAAACGACCCCUGGUGAAGUACGGCGAUAUCUGGACCAAAGUUCACAACGAGCGGCUUGUGGUGGGAAUUCCCGUCUUCAAUUGCACCUACAAACGUCGUCUGACAUUGACAAACCUUCAACUAUUACUAGUCAAUGGAUCAAAUCAACGAUUUGAAUACUCGUAUCGAGUGUACCAGCUAAGUGAUGAUGAUUUCAACUUCAAAAACUACGAACAAAUUUUGGAAAUUGAUGAUGAGGUUCCCGAAGUGCCGCAAUUUAACCAGGAAUGGAAGCCAUUAGAGACGAACGCCCUUCACUCCGAACAAACUGCUGUCUUGGUGGCCACAAUCAAAUUAUCCACCCUCAGCGAGCUAAGUCUGACCACGAACCUGGAAUGUUUCGUGACAUACGACGUGGCAACGGUAGAAUCCGAUUUUUGUAACCCUCUUCAGCUCUACCCCGGCGCAGUGGAUGUCAAACGGACCGACCUGUUCCGCACCAACUCCGGCGUAACGUUCCACGAUCGGCACAUCUUCAAAGAUCUGCUGGUUGUGACGGCCACCUCCGAGUUCAUUCCGUUGGUUGUGUCGUUCGAGCAGAGUCCAAAUCGCGGUUUGGAUCGAUUCUGCAUGGAGGCUCUCAACUUUAAAGUGCUGAAUUUGAGCAACAGCAUCGAAGAGCGGGAACUGCCCACCAUACUGUAUUUCGCCGAUAACGGUUACUGGCAGUCAACGAUGAUAAGAUUAGACCAGCCGACCGAAUUGAAGCAGAAACUGAAGAUCUACUGCCGGUACAGCCAUCAGAUUGUGACACUACUGCAGACUAUUUAUUCCGAUUACGAGGAAAAGUGCCGAAUCAGUUUGAUGGAUGAGCACAACUCAACGGCGAUGGAGUUCAAAGACAGCUUGUUGAAAGAAAUAGAUACCAAAAUCGAGCGACCAACCAACGAACAAGACGUUUUCCAACGAGAAUUUGUAACCGAUUGUGCAUUUGCCAGCUUGAAUGAAAGAUAAAGUUUAAAAUAACCUUUUUAUAUUUUAAUUUCCACGGUUGUCAAAGUUAACGUUGAUGUUGAUCAAGCCUUUCAAACAUUCCUCAUCACAAUCGCAUUCCUCUGAUGUUUCUGGAAGAGUAGAAUAAAUUUUUGAAAAUGCUA